AUGGAGGGAUCAGUUGUGCAGGUUUUGUCCCCUGAGAAGUGUGACGUUGACAUUUUAGACGAUGGAAGGACCAUCAGAGACUUCAUAGACGAUAAAAUAAAAGAGCUUGCUUCAGCGGACAAUGAACAGCCAUUCCAUGUGGCCAAUCUGGAUAGCAUCUUUGAAAAGCACCUCAAGUGGCGUACAAACUUACCUCGAGUCAAGCCUUUCUAUGCAGUGAAGUGCAACAACGACGCCGCAGUGUUGAGGAUGAUGACUGCUCUGGACACAGGGUUCGACUGUGCUAGCAAGGUGGAGAUCCAGACGAUGCUGUCCCUCGGAGUGACACCUGACAAAAUCAUUUACGCACACACAACCAAACCGCUGUCCCACAUCAGAUAUGCCCGUACUCAUGGAGUCCAUACCAUGACUUUUGAUAGCGAGGAGGAACUCUUGAAAAUAUCUCGUUGCCACGCCAAAGCCAAAUUGGUACUCCGCAUUGCAGUGGAUGACUCUGCAUCCAAGGUAAGGCUGAGCUUGAAGUUUGGAGCCAGACUGGAGUCCGUUGCUAAGCUGCUGGGACGUGCUGGAGAUCUGGGCUUGGAGGUCAUUGGGGUCAGCUUUCAUGUAGGCAGUGGGUGCACUGACAGUUUGGCGUUCAGGCGGGCCAUCGCAGACGCCCGACGUGUCUUUGACCUUGGGAACUUGUUGGGCCUCCAGAUGAGUCUGUUGGAUAUUGGCGGAGGAUUCUCUGGGAUAGAGGACUGUCUAGUCGAAUUUGAAGAGUUUUCAGAAGUCAUUAACGCCGCACUUGAUGAAUUCUUCCCACCUGACAGUGGAGUGCAGAUCAUUGCAGAACCAGGCCGCUACUUCGUGGAUUCAGCCUUCACACUUGCAGCAAACGUCAUCGGCAAAAAAGUAAUCGCAGAUGAUUUGGACGAACAUAGCGAUGGUGAGCACAACAGCCCCGACAGACUAAUGAUGUACUACCUUAAUGAUGGAGUAUAUGGUUCCAUGAGUUACAUUAUCAAUGAUGCUGCCCACAACCGUUUGGAACCAUACCUUCACAGGGUGCUUUCAUAUUUCAAUGUCUGUGUUGUUGAGAGCAGCGAGCAGAGAUUCCGGUCUGUUCUCUGGGGUCCAACCUGCGACAGCAUCGACAAAGUAACCGACAGCUGCUGGAUCCCUGAGUUGGAUGUGGGGGACUGGCUCCUCGUCGACAACAUGGGGGCUUAUUCUGUUAGUUUGUCCACGGACUUCAACAGCUUUGAAAGAGCUCACAUUUAUCCUGUUGUGACAGCUGAGACAUGGCACACCUUAAACCUUUCUGACAUCUACAACAUCUGCAAAUGA